AUGGAGUCCGAAAAAGUGAUUUUUUCUUACUUAAAAUCCCGCGGGUACAAGACUACAGAGCAAUCUUUAAAAGGUGAAGUCAAAAAUGCAACUAAACUCGAUCUUUCUCAAUCUGGGCCAUUGCCAUUAUGCGAAGUUGCCAUGGAUGAGCUUUUCAAGUCUAUGCAUGACGCAAACAACGACGAAGUUUACAUUGAGACCUUCAGGACUCUCCUGGAAUGAAUUGAAACAGUCCUUGACACUUAUAAAGAAGAUUUACAGAAAAUCGUCUCCCCAAUUUUCCAAUACCUUUAUUUGCACAUGAUCAAUCGAAAUAUGCUGGAAUCUGCAUCAGUUUUUUUCGAAGAAUUUUCCCAAUACCACUCAAAUAAAGAAGAGCUUAAAGAGCUAAAAGGCAUUGAAAAGCCAGAAGAUUUAGACUCUGAGUUCGUCCAAAACUUGUUUUCACAUAAAUGUGUCAUUUUAAUGAACAAGUACUCUAUAGCACUCUUAAUGAGUUUUAUUGAGUCUUCAAGGCUGGGAUUGCUGCUUUUUAUUAUUAACCAGCACUUGGACUUGCAAGCUUCUACAGACUCACAAAGCUCAGUUCCAGUACUUUUAGGAGAUGAUGUGGCGAUUCUGCAUGACACGUCUAAUUUGAUUUUGAUUCCAGUAAUAGAGAAAGAUAUGAAGAUUUUCAAAGAUUUGAGGGUUCCUUUUCCAGCUGUGGAUCCAGAUUUACAAGAAAAAGUCAAUAGCGAAAUAAGUCAAAAAACAGAUCUGAGUGAAAAUAACUUGCCAAGCAUUAUCUGCCACAGUGCAUUGAAUUCGAACAAUAGUAUGCUCUGCUUGGAAAUUAGUGUUGAAGGAACUGUUAUUGCUGCAGGAUUUGAAGACUCCAGCAUUCGAGUAUGAAACUUGCUUCGUCCAGUGCAAGUUUGGAAAAACUCAAUGACAAAUGAAGAAGAGCUUCGAGAAUAUAUUCAGCUUAUUGGGCACUCUGAAGCAGUUUUUUGCUUAAGUUUUAGUCCAAACACGCAAUUAUUAAUCUCUGGCUCAGAAGAUUGCACAAUUCGGCUCUGAAGCCUAAUUUCAAACUCAUGCUUAGUUGUGUACAGACAUCACCCUUUUCCUGUAUGAAGUGUCACAUUUGGGCCAAUGGGGCAUUAUUUUGCAAGUGGCAGCUUUGACACAACCGCUGCACUUUGGUCAACAGACAAUAUCGAGCCUCUCAAAAUCUAUUCUGGCCACUUAUCUGAUGUAAUUGUAGUAAAAUUUCACCCCAAUAUUCACUAUUUAGCUACAGGCUCCAAUGAUAAAACAAUACGCAUAUGAGAAGUCGCAAGCGGAAACUGUGUGAGAAUCUUCAUUUCUCACGCAGCAGCCGUCACUGCUCUGAUUUUCUCCAAAUCUGGAAAAGAAAUUUACUCAGGCGACGAAAGUGGAGAGGUUCAAAAAAUUGAUAUAAAUGAAAAAAAUUGUAUAAGCAAAAUAAAACUACAAGGAAGAAUCUCAAGCUUAUCGCUAAGCCAAGAAGGAUCUUUAAUAGCUUGUGGGAGUGAAAGCAAUGCGUUGACUUUAGCGAAUGGAGACUUAAAUCUGGUAAAAAAUUACCCAACAAAGAAAAUCCCAAUGUUUGCGGUAAACUUCACAUUAAGAAAUUUACUAGUUGUAGGUGGUCCUUGCUUAUUGGAAAAUUAA